GACACCAAUGUGCCUGCCUGCACCCUGCCUGCACCCUGCCAGCCCCAGAGCUCAGCAGGGUCCCAGUUGAGGUGCCAGGGUGCUGGCUGGGUUCCCUGAAGCCACCUCCUCCGGGUAAGGGCCCCGUUAGCUGGGACGGGGAAGCUGCGGUUUGCAGCCCAACCGGCGCCAGGCUGCCAGCAGCCUGCCCAGCCCGCAGGCAGCCCCGGCAAAACCUGCCCCGCGCCACUCCCUCGUGACCGUGGAGACCGGCAGCGUCUUCCCACAGCCCGGCAUGCAGCAGCCCCUCGAGCCCCCCGGGCAGCAGCCCCCAGGCAGCGGGGCUGGGAAAGCUGCCGAGGAUGAUGGUGGUGGCGGGAAGGGGAGCGCGGACAGCAAUGCCAUGAGCGGGAACCCCUACGCAGGGCUGGUGAGCCACCUGCGGGCAGCCUGGCUCUCGGGGAAGACGCGGCCCAUGGAGUACCGCGUGGCCCAGCUGGAGGCCCUGGGACGCUUCUUGGACGAGAAGAAGCAGGACAUCCUGGAGGCCACUGCCUUGGACAUGGGCAAGCCGCAGUUUGAAGCCGAAUUCUCCGAGAUCCUCCUCUGCAAGAACGAGCUCCAUGAGACGCUGAACAACCUGUCCCAGUGGAUGAAGGACGAGCAGGUGGACAGGAAUCUGGUGACCCGGCUGGACUCGGCCUUCAUCCGCAAGGACCCGUACGGGGUGGUGCUCAUCAUCGCGCCCUGGAACUACCCCAUCCACCUCAUCCUGGUGCCCCUCAUCGGGGCCAUCGCUGCCGGUAACUGUGUCGUCACCAAACCCUCGGAGAAAACCACAAACACCGAGAGACUCGUGGCUGAAGUGCUGCCCAACUACCUGGACAAGGACUGCUUUGCCGUGGUGACCGCCGGCGUGCAGGAGACCACCAGGCUGCUGGAGAACAAGUUCGACUACAUCUUCUACACCGGCAGCCCCUCCGUGGGGAGGAUCGUAAUGGCAGCUGCUGCCAAGCACCUGACACCCGUGACGCUGGAGCUGGGGGGCAAGAACCCCUGCUACGUGUCCGACACCUGCGAUGUGCAGAACGUGGCCCGGCGGGUGGCCUGGGGCCGCUUCUUCAACGCGGGGCAGACCUGUGUGGCACCCGACUACGUGCUGUGCAGCGCAGAGAUGCAGGAGAAGCUCCUGCCUGCUCUGCGUAAGACCAUCACUGAGUUUUUUGGCCCCAACCCUCAGGAGUCCCCUGACUUUGCCCGCAUUGUGGGGGACAGGCACUUCCAGCGGGUGCAGGCGCUGCUGCGCAGCGGGCGCGUGGCCAUCGGAGGAGAGACGGACGCAGAGGCACGCUACAUCGCUCCCACGGUGCUGGUGGACUUGCAGCCCUCUGAUCCCAUCAUGCAGGAGGAGAUCUUUGGCCCCAUCUUGCCCAUUGUCAUUGUGGCCAACGUGGACGAAGCCAUUGACUUUAUCAAUAGCCGCGAGCGGCCGCUGGUUGUGUACGCCUUCUCCUCCGAUGACAAGGUGGUUAACCAGGUCCUGGAGCGGACAAGCAGCGGUGGCUUCUGCGGCAACGACACCCUGAUGCACGUGAUGUUGACCUCGCUGCCCUUCGGGGGGAUCGGGAGCAGCGGCUUGGGGAUGUACCACGGCAGGUUCACCUUCGAUGCCUUCACCCACCACCGCGGCUGCCUGCACCGCGGCAUGGGCCGGGAGGCCCUCAACGCCCUGCGCUACCCGCCCUACAGCCAGCAGAAGCUGGGGAUCGUCCGGGCUGCCUCCGAGGUGAAGCGCAAGGGCUCCUGCACCCUGCUCUGAGGGUCUCCAGCCGCCGGUCGCGGCGGUCCUGGUGGCCACGUGCAAUCACAGGAUCCCGGAAUGGCGGGGCUGGAAGGGCCCUCUGGAGCUCACCCCGUCCCACCCCUGCUGGAGCAGGCACCCCCAGAGCAGGGGCACAGGGCCGCGUCCAGGCGGGGGGUGAAUGUCCCCAGGGAAGGGACCCCACAGCCUCUCUGGGCAGCCUGUGCCCCUGCUCCGGCACCCGCACAGUAAAGAUGUUUUUUCUCA